UUCAUAGUGUUCAACAUCUGAGAUAUUAUAUUCACACAAAAUUUAGCACGAAGAUGAUAUUUUAUUUUUUAGUCAUUAUUUGUUUAUGGACAAGUCCAGCAUGUUAUUGUACUUUAGAGUCAUCUUCGUCUACACCCAAACAGCAAAUCGAUUACGGUCACCUCUUGGUCAAAGACAUUAGCACUCUGCGUCUAAAUGACAGGUAUUCUGAUGUUGUUUUAAUUGUCGACGGAGAACGACUUCACGCCCAUCGUGCUAUUUUAGCUUCGCGCAGUACAUAUUUCAGCAAAUUAUUCUUUGGAGGUUUUGAAGAAACCGAUAAGCCCGAAGUGGAACUUGGUGAUAUAUCAUUAACAUUUUUCAAAAUAAUCCUCGAGUAUAUUUACACCGGUCAGAUUGAUUUAAGCGUUCUAAAGGACGAUGUUGUUUUGGGAUUAAUGGAUAUGACGAUUUUCUUCGGUGUUCCCAACUUAGAUUUUCCACUGACCGAGUAUUUGCGAAGUAAAAUUAAUGUAAACCAAGUAUGCACGUUGCUUACUGCGGCACAGCUAUAUGACCACGAAGAGUUCGAAUCCGCUUCAAUCGAAUUUAUUAGAUCCAACGCCAGGGACGUAUUGAAAUCUGCAGAUUUCCUGUCUUUGAUGCCGCAAGCAAUAGAAGACAUUUUCAAUUGUGACUCGGUUAUAGCCAACGAAAUAGAUAUAUUUCGCGCGGUUAUUCGCUGGAUCGAGAACCGCGUUGACCUGGAUGCUGAUGUGAAAAUCAAAGCGUUAUCUGUCGUCAGAUAUCCGUUGAUGAGUGACGAUGAACUUGUCGAGGUUGGCAAAUCACAAAUGGUUAGUUCGGAUACAAUUUCGGAAGCCGUACGAUUAAGAAACACGUGGCCACCAGAUAGGAUUCAAUUUAGAGGACACCUAAAACCCAAUGAGAAUCUUAUUCCUCAAGAUUAUUGGCGUUCGGUUACUUAUGGCAUUAACGGCCGUACUACGCUUCAGUUGAGUGAACCAUCAAACAUAAACCAUAUUAAAAUGAAGAUGUACGGUGAUGAUGUAGGGGAUUACAGUUAUUACAUUGAAGUUUCAAUGGAUAAGUGCGAUUGGGUGCGUGUCGUAGAUUAUUCAGACUAUAUUUGUCGUUCAGUUCAACUUUUAUGGUUUCAUCCACGCUUAAUGUCGUUUAUUCGAAUAGUUGGCUCGAAAAUAUUCAAUAAGAUAUUCGAAUUUUUCGAAGUCUCGUACAACACACAAGGACGGCACUUGGUAAACAUUCGAAACGGAUUUGUGGCUCCUACGUACGAUGUUGCUUCAACGUGUAUGAACGCAACUGUACUUGAAGGUAAAAAUCAUAAUCGGAGGUAUUCCCUGCUUGAUCAUUAUGUCAAUGGAGACCUCGAACGGUAUCACAGUUUUACAUUUCACGAAUUGGGCAAAGGUCGCAUAGUGGUUCAACUCGCACAACCUUAUAUGCUUAGCUCGAUGCGGAUGCUGCUUUGGGGCGACGUUGACGUAUACUACAGUUACACUAUAGAAGCUUCUGUCAAUAAUGAAGAUUGGACAGUGGUCGUAGAUAAAUUCAAUGAGUUGACCCGAUCGUGGCAGUUGUUGCAAUUUCAGCCCAUGCCCAUAGUGUUCAUCCGCAUUACCGGCAAUUUCAAUACAUUUGGCGACGAUUUUCGUUGUGUAUGUUUGGAGGCUCCGGCUCAAGGAACAUAAGAUCCCAACCAAGGCAUUGAAGUCAGCAACGAACCAGAUGCAUUGAACUCAAGCUCUGGACCUUUAAACCGAAUU